AUGUGUUUCUAUCUAUCUAUCUAUCUAUCUAUCUAUCUAUCUUACAUUUACAAUGAAGCAUCUUGUUCUGAGGGAAUUGAGUCACUUAAACAGACGGAUGCCGCCGACAAGCCUCCGUCUCCCGCCGACAAGCCUCCGUCUCCCGCCGACAAGCCUCCGUCUCCCGCCGUCAAGCCUCCGUCUCCCGCCGAUGUCGACGUGGUGACGUGUACGGUCCACGCCGCCGUCAAUGUCCUCGACAAAAUUGUGGACGACUGCCGCUUCGGUCGCGCGCGCAACAACUCGGCCUCCUUGCUACUCCUCCUCGCACACAUUUUUAAAACUGCCACGAAAAUAAACAUUCAAAUAAAGCAGCCGAUAAUUCGCCCGCCGAAAAUUUUUCUCGUUGGUAUCUGGGAGGGUGUAUCGUGUCUUAUCUGUUUUGUCAGCAAAAAUAUGCGUUACGGUACGGCAGCGAUCACUCUAGACAGUAAACGUUCAUUUCACUCUCAUCUCACUCUCUGUUCCAUUCUUCUCAUAUCUAUCUAUCUAUCUAUCUAUCUAUCUAUCUAUCUAUCUAUCUAUCUAUGUUCCAUCCUCAGUCUGCUCAGAUCUAUCUAUCUAUCUCAUCCUGUUCAGAUCUAUCUAUCUAUCUAUCUAUCUAUCUAUCUAUCUAUCUAUCUAUCUAUCUAUGUUCCAUCCUCAGUCUGCUCAGAUCUAUCUAUCUAUCAUCCUGUUCAGAUCUAUCUAGCUAUCUCAGCCUGUUCAGAUCUAUCUAUCUAUCUAUCUAUCUAUCUAUCUAUCUAUCUAUCUAUCUAUCCAUCUAUGUUUAUCCUGUUUAGAUCUAUCUAUCUAUCUAUCUAUCUAUCUAUCUAUCUAUCUAUCUAUCUAUCUAUCUAUCUCAGCCUGUUAAGGAAACUCUCUUUCACUCACUUUACAUAUCUAUCUAUCUAUCUAUCUAUCUAUCUAUCUAUCUAUCUAUCUAUCUAUCUACUCAUAGCUAUCUAUCUAUUCUGCUCAUGUCUAACUGCCUGUCUGUCUAUCUAUCUAUCUAUCUAUCUAUCUAUCUAUCUAUCUAUCUAUCUCAGUCCUUAUUUUUCUUCAUUUUUUUUCUAUGGCUUUUCUUUUCAUUUCUUCUUUUUCUUGAUUUUCUUUUUUGUUUUUUCUUUCGUUUUUCAUUUUCUUUUUUUUCAUUUUUGUUUUCUUUCAUUUUCUUCUUGUUUCGUUUUUUGUUUUCACUUUUCUUUUGUUUUCCUUUGUAUGAUUACUACUUUUAGCUUUUUUCAGCUUUCGCUUAUUUUAAUUUUCCAUUUCUUUUUCUUUAUUGCUGUUUCUUUUUUCGUUUUCCUUUAUUGUUUUACACUUUUCUUUUUUUUCUUCAUUUCGUUUUUUUUCUUUUCUACUUCCAUGUUUCUUUCUUUCGUUUUCUUUUAUUGCUUUACACUUUUCUUUUCUUUUCUUUUUUCUUUUUUCUUUUCUGUUUUCUUCUGUCCGUUUUAA